AAGGUCAUGGAUACUGUUGCUUCCGGCUUAGAAACUGGAAGGUGAUUUUCCCCCUUCCCCCACCGCGUCCCGGUUUCUGCGUUCCUCCGGUACUCGCUGACAAAAUCGGAGCCCCGCCCCCUCCGCUAGUUGCCCGGUAGUAGUGGGAGGCGGGGCUAUGGAGACGGAGUAUUACGGUGGGGAACAGUCAGAUGAUGGUGGAGCAACACCAGUACAGGAUGAAAGAGAUUCAGGAUCGGACAUGGAAGAUAACGGAAAUGAACAGCACUCUGGAUCAGAGAAUGGAAGCAUAGGACAACAUUCAGAGAAUGAACUUAGUGAUGGAGAAGAUGACAUACAAACUAGAGAACAUCCCAUGACAGACUCUGAAAAUGAAGAUUCUCCAAGGCAAAAACAUAGUGAUUCUGAAAAUGAGGAUGCCUCAAAUCAUAACGCUAGUGACUCAGAAAAUGAAGGGGCUCAUAGAGGUAAAGACAGCGAUUCUGAUAAUGAGGAUCACCCAGUUCACCAUGCCAGUGACUCUGAGAACGAAGAUGCUGUAAAUAAUCAGGCAAGUGAUUCUGAGGCUGAGGAGCCUUCUAAAGCUCAUGGUAGUGAUUCUGAAAAUGAGGAACCCCAAAAGCACUUGGCCAGUGAUUCUGACAAUGAGGGAUCACACAAAGAUCAUACAAGUGACCUAGAAAAUGAGGAGCCACAGAAAUGUCCAGCCAGUGACUCGGAAAAUGAAGAGCAUCAAAAAAUUCCUGACAGCGAUUCAGAGAAUGACAUGGCUCCAAAACCUCUUGCUAGUGACUCUGAAAAUGAGGAGCCAAAAAUUCAGCCCAGUGACUCUGAAACGGAAGAUAUUUCCAGAAACAAGCCAGAAGCGGAGGGGAGUGAUAGCAACAGAGAAAAUAAGACAGAGGAGGACAUGGAGAAUGGUGGUCAGCUUUCAGACAACGAACAACUAGGAAAAAGGCUUCAUGACUCUGACAGUGAGGAAGAAAGCCCUAAAAAACGGAAGCUAACAGAUAGCGAUGAAGAAGGGAAAGAAGAAGAAAAAUAUGCAAAAAGAAAAGCUACUGUUCUCUCUGAUAGCGAGGAUGAUGAAAAAACACCAGCUGCAAAAAAAGGACGUAUAAUCUCAGAUGGUGAAGAAUCUGACAGUGAUGCUGCAUUGGAGAAAUACGAGAAACAAAAGAAACCUCUAGCGUCAGAUAGCGAGGAAGAUGAUGACAAGGCUGAAGAUGGAAAAAAGAAAGAAGAGAAGGAUCUUUUUGGGAGUGAUAGUGAGUCAGGAAAUGAGCAAGAAAACCUCAUUGCAGAUAUAUUUGGAGAAUCUGGAGAUGAGGAGGAAGAGGAGUUUACAGGAUUUAACCAGGAAGAUCUGGAGGAAGAGAAAGCAGAAAGAAAAGGAGUAGUUGAUGAUUCAGACUCUGAUGACAAUAUCAAAAGAGGAAAACAUAUGGACUUCAUGUCAGAUUUUGACAUGAUGUUACAACGGAAAAAGAGCAUGAGUGGCAAACGUCGGCGCAACCGUGAUGGUGGUACAUUCAUUAGCGAUGCUGACGAUGUAGUCAGUGCUAUGAUUGUUAAGAUGAAUGAAGCAGCAGAGGAGGAUAGGCAGUUGAAUACACAGAAGAAGCCAGCACUAAAAAAGUUAACUUUGCUUCCAACUGUUGUUAUGCAUCUUAAAAAGCAAGACCUGAAGGAAACUUUCAUUGACAGUGGUGUGAUGUCUGCCAUCAAAGAGUGGCUUUCCCCAUUACCCGACCGGAGUCUUCCAGCACUGAAAAUUCGAGAUGAGCUUUUGAAGAUUUUGCAAGAGUUGCCUAGCGUGAGCCAAGAAACCUUAAAGCACAGUGGGAUUGGACGAGCAGUGAUGUAUCUCUACAAACACCCUAAGGAGUCACGACCCAACAAGGACAUGGCAGGGAAACUAAUUAAUGAGUGGUCUCGGCCUAUUUUUGGUCUAACAUCAAACUACAAGGGAAUGACCAGAGAAGAAAGAGAACAGAGGGAUCUGGAACAGAUGCCACAGCGCAGGCGAUUGAGCAGCUCUGGUGGUCAAACACCCCGCAGGGACCUGGAGAAGGUAUUAACAGGAGAGGAAAAAGCCUUGAGGCCUGGUGAUCCAGGAUUUUGUGCUCGUGCAAGAGUUCCAAUGCCCUCCAACAAGGAUUACGUGGUCAGACCAAAGUGGAACGUGGAAAUGGAAUCUUCUAGGUUCCAGGCAAGCUCCAAGAAAGGGGUCAGCCGCUUGGACAAACAGAUGCGGAAGUUCACAGACAUCAGGAAAAAAAGCAGAUCAUCCCACGCUGUGAAAAUCAGCAUUGAAGGCAAUAAAAUGCCAUUGUGACUCCAUCCAGGAUAUUCUUUGAAUUCUAUUGUAAGAAGUGCACCUAUAGACUCUUGGAAGAUGUCUACAUUUUUUAAAACAAACCGGGUUGUUUCUUUUUAAGUGUACCUUCAAAUUGUUGGUUGAGAUGGUAGUAAUACAUGUUGACUGAGGGUUACGAACCCUGGACAUUGUUCUUUAUGAUUGUAUUUAGCCCUGAUCUCUUGUGUCCUUUGUACAGAUGAAACCUUGUAUUGCUACAGACCUCAGACAUUAAAAUCUUUCUGAUGUGU